AAAAAAUAUUUCAAAGAAAUCUUAUUUCCAAAAAAAUAUUUAUUUUGAAAAAGUUGUUUAAAAAAAUUCCCAUAGAAAAAUUUAAUAAUAAAAUAGUUUGAUCGUGAAACAGGAGAAACCUAUUCCGGAUUUGUCCAGCACCACCGCCAAACCUGAAGGAGUUGGUGGCGCACAGAUUUGCCAAAGCAAUGGCUACUGAAGAAGACUCCGUUGAACAAGCAGCUGUUGCACGUCGAGAGAGACUGAGGGCUCUCAAAGCUGCCAAGGAACUCUUGGAUACUCCAGAUGAUGACACUGAAACUGCCAAAGAUGAUAAUCCAGGCAUGAAAUUUCGAAAUUAUGUUCCUCAAGAUAAGGAGCUUCAAGAGGGUAAGCUUGCUCCACCAGUGCUACCAAAGUUUGAAGACCCUGUCGCAGCUGCACCCCCACCAUCAGAGAAGACGCAGGAUCCAUUUCUCAACAUUGCCCCAAAGAAGCCAAAUUGGGACCUGCGUAGGGAUGUGCAAAAGAAGCUUGAUAAACUUGAAAGACGCACACAAAAGGCAAUUUAUAAACUUAUGGAGGAACAAGAAAAAGAAAAGCUGCUUGGUGAAGAGGGCAUAACAGCCGAGGAAAAUUAGUGGUAAAUUUAUCUCAUCAAAGAUUUGAGGAAAGCCUUUUAAUCACCUGUCAAGGAUAGAAUUGUAGUCUAUUGGCCGAGCCAAAAGUUAUAGCUUAUUGAGAGAACCAAUUUGUUAGACCAGAAUUCCAAAAUUUUAAUUUUUGUUAAUGUGCAAUAAUGAACCAUGUUGUAAGUUCAAUAGGCUAUUUCUGUCUGUCUAGAUGUAAUUUUCUACAGGACUGUGACUUAAGAUUAAGAUGCCAUAAGUUUGAAAUCUAAAGCUGAAAAGCAACUUUGGGGUUUUA